CCAAACUUUUUUUUUCCUUGAGAGCUCAAGAUCUUGCAAUCUAUUAAUAGUACCAGCCCAUCUCAUGGGAGGAUUAGUCCAUGUGUGAUGUAUGAUUCUCAAGAAAAAAAAUCCCCCGCAUGUAUGAAGCAUGUUUAACCGUUUCUCUUCCAGUCAGUCUCCUCCCUCAGGUGUCUGUCACAAUUUGGCUAUAUAUUAAGACACGAGAUGGUCCAGAAAUAUGCACUUGUCUCUUCUGAACUCUUCAGCAAGAUACCAACAAGAAGAAUUCUCCUCUCAGAGGUCUCAUCUACGUCCACUGAGUCCAUUGAACCAGCAGCAUCUUCUACUCCUGAGGACCGACUCUUCCUUUCUCUCCAGCCAGAAGACUUCAGCAGCUUGUCCACCAGCAUGACUCCUCGAUCUCUCCUCAUGUCCGUCUUGGUUCUCUUGUCGUUCUUCAGCAAUGCUUGGUCCACUCCAACUUGCAACAACCAGUGCUGUCGUUUUGUGGAGAGCUUCCCUGUCAGGCUCAAGAAGCUGCGAGAGGACUAUUCCCAGAUCAGAGACUUUUAUGAGGCAAAUGAUGACCUGGACGAAGCGCUGCUAGACCAGUCAGUCGAGGACUCUUUUAAAAGCCCGUUUGCCUGCCACACCAUGAACAGCAUACUGGAGUUUUACCUGAGCACGGUUCUGCCGACAGCCGUGGCCGGAGUGACGGAGGACACAAAGAACCUAAAGCCCCACAUGGAGUCCAUACAGCAGAUCUUCGACCAGCUCAAGGCUGAUGUCACCAAAUGUAGACAUUAUUUCCACUGCAAGCAGCAUUUUGACAUCAGAAACAUUAACUCUACAUACACUCAGAUGGAGAAUAAAGGUCUUUAUAAGGCUAUGGGCGAACUGGGUCUGCUGUUUAACUACAUUGAGACAUAUCUGGCUUCUAAACGGAGCACAAGCCAUGGGGCCUCUGCUUGAAGACCUGAUGACCCUAAUCAAAACACAAUCUUGUUCAUCUCAGGAAAGAAAAGAUAGUCAUACACUCUUGCACUCAUUUGCAUUCAACACAUUGUUUACAGUGGUAUGACUGUUGCUUGAUGAUGGUUUACUUUCAUAAACUGAUGCUUAACGGAUGUCUUUAUAGUUUUGAGACUAGAUAGACAAGAUACUCCUUUGUCCUGAGGACAAGUUUCUGUUUGGAAUCAUAUUGAGUCCUACCCAUAUGAAGUCACAACCAAAAGUGCCAAAGCUGUGUUAUUUAUUUUAAUUAUGUAUUUUGGUAUUUAUUUUAUGUUUUGUAUUGUUUCAGAUGAAUAAAUGAC